AUGUCGUCCAAUACAACGCAUUUGGAGCGUUCUCCAAAUACGGUUUCUCCUGCUACCAGCUUGGAUCGGGCGGUUGAGUCUAAUAAUAACUUUCAUCUUUCCUCUCCAGACAGUGAUGAUCCAAAAUACCACGGAGAGGAGAAUUAUGAUACUGACUCGAGUAGUAAUGCCACAUUAUCACCAAUUCAAGAGUCCAACAAAACAAACCCUCACAAUUCAAUGUCUUCCCAACAAUCAAAUUAUGAAUCUGCUGCCAAAGAAAUUGAACAAGAAAAACAAAUGGUUGCUGCUUUGAAAAGAUUAUCUAUUGGUAAUAUGAUGAGCUAUGACCCGGAUUUACCAUUGGAGGAUAUGGAAUACCAAUUUCAAUUCCAACAACAAAAUAAUUCUGCCAAUCAAGAUGAAAAAAGAUUGAGUAAUUCUUCUUCUCUUUCAAUCCCAACGUCUCCUUCUUCAACCAAUCAAAGAGACUCAAGGGAAUUGAAGAGAACUUCGGGAUUGUCUCGUAGCUCUUCGUUGAGUCGUCAACAUUCAUUAAGUCGUCAGCAUUCAUUAAGCCGCCAGCAUUCCUUAAGCCGUCAACCUUCAAUCAAUAGAAAAAAUUCAAUUUCAAGAGCCAAUUCAAUCCAUUCAAGAAAUUCACUUAAAAGAUUGUCUUUUCAAUCUUAUCAUGCUAAUUCUUCUAGAGAUAGCUUAGAUAGCAGUAAUGACGAGUUUUUCGAUGCUGAAGGUAAUGAUGAACCAUUGGAUACUAAUUCCCUCUUGUGGGUCCCGGCUAACUUACAUCCAGAAGUUGAUCCAGAAAAUUUCAAAAAUCAUAUAAAGACUCAAGUCGAAGAAAUUAUGGAAAGAAAAUUAAGUCGUCAAAACUCAGUGCUGAAAAGAUCUUCUUUAAGUUCUUCAAGCUUGCCAGUAUAUCUGGAUUCUUCAGAAGAUUCUUCUGAUCAUAAUUUAUCCCCUGAACAAUUGAAAGUUGAUGAACAAGAGCCUAUUGAAAAGGAAAAUCAUACAGAAAAAGAAACACUUACAGAAAACGAACAAAAACAGGAUCAGGAUCAAGAUCAAGAUCUGAAACAGCAAAAUAGAACUUCAUAUCAAGAUAAACGUUUUAGUAAUCCUUCAUUGCGUGACUUGACAAAUGAAUUAGAAACUUUAUCCAGAUUGGCAGGAAUGGACUCAAAUGAUGCUGUUACUUUAGCACGCACCUUAUCAACCACCUCCCUUGGUUACACUGAUGUUGAAAAACAAGCCAUUGAUGAAUUGAAUUCUUCUCCUCCACAUGGCUCUCCUUCAUCUUCCCCUAAUAAUGAAAUUGAUGUUCACAGCCAAAAUAAAGAUACAGUCACUUCACCAACUUCUCAUAAAUCUUUAAAAAGAAAUAAAACAAUUUCUCCUUCAUCUUCUAUGUCUUCGAAAUCUCCUACCAAAUACCAACAGUCAGUGGGUCAUUAUGAUAGUGCGUCACAGAAUUUGAACGCUCUUGAAGAUGAACAAUUGAUGUCUUCUAACCAACAAAAUGAUCGUGAUAUUUCAAAUCAACCUCAAAUGGUGCCUCAGAAUCAUCAAUAUCCUCAUCAGCAGUUUUUCCAACAACCAAGUCAAGCUCCUCCUCAACAAGCACCACCACAACCAAUGCCUCAACAGCCUCAACAACAAUUAGGUAAACCAUAUUCUUCAAGGUCAACUAAACCUCAACGUUCAAAUGAUGGUCUGUACCAACAACAACAUCAGUUCCAUCAAUCGUCACAUCAUGAAUACCCUUUGAAGAGAAGUAGAAGACUCGAUUAUCAUAAGCAAUCUUCAGUCAUGAGUCUGGGUUCUCAACUACAAACUAAUAAAGCUGGAAAAUUGGCCGAAUUGCGUAAUAAUUUGAAUCUGGGUGAUUCAACAUUGAUUCCAAGUCAUCGUCAACACCAGCAUCUGCAUCAAACUGAAUCCCAAGAACAUAAACCCAAAUUGAAAUUGAAAACAAAAUCACCAAAUCAACAACCUCAUCCAAGAAGCUCUCAAAUGUUAUUUAGUUAUAGAAAUCCAAAUGUUUCACCACCAGGAGCUACAAGUAAUACCGUUUCGAAAGACUCACCGUAUCCAACUGGUGCUUCGUCUUCUAUUGAACAACAAUUGAACUCAAAAUUCAAUCAUAGCCAUUCGCAUCAUAAUAAGAAGUCACAUAUUAAAAAUUCAAGUGGCGAUUCAACUAAUUCUUCAAAUUCUUCUUCCUCCAUUACUUCUCCAAACUAUAACGAUAUUUCAACUGGUAAUGGCGCUUACCCUGCUAAUCAAAGAUACCCGAGUGCAAGAUCAGCUUCUUAUGGUUCAAUUCCAACAAAUCAUUCCAAUCGCUCAUCUCGUCAACAAAAAUAUGGUUCCGAAGGCAGACCUGCUGGAGCUAAGUCUCCAACAGAAUCACACCUUACUGACCGCCCACCUCAAGCUCGUUCUGUAUCGCACCCACAAUUACAACCAGCUGUUGAUGGUUCUAAGAGUGGCUCUUAUCAAUACUCUUCCACCAAUCAGCCUAUUUCCAAAAAUGAUAAGUCCAAGCAAUUGAAUCAAAACUUGAAUAUGUUGAGAUCGGAAAUCAAUGAGUUUAAAGAGAGUUUGAAUAAGGCCGACCGUCCAUCAUCCCAACCACCUCAAUCUCAACCACCUCAAUCUGAACCACCUCAAUCUCAACCUCCUCAGUCUCAACCACCUCAGUCUCAACCUCCUCAGUCUCAACCACCUCAGUCUCAACCACCUCAGUCUCAACCUCCAAAACAAGCUUUGCCACUGUUAGUUCAGAAGGAGUUACCUCAAGUUCCUGAUGAAGCAUCAGAUGAUGUUCCACCUAGAAUUAUACCCGAGCAACAUAUACAACAGAUUGAUUCAAAGAAUGGUUCAUUGAGUCCAUCUCCACAACAGCAACAUCAUAGUUACCAGGAUGAGAUCAGGCCCGGCUCAAUAGUUGAUAACGCGGGAUUUGGUUCUCCAACAAACAGUGAUACGAAUGACUCGGAUUUUAGUUUUGAGGCCACAUAUCAAGAUAUCAGCUAUGAAGAUUCCUUGGGUUUGGAACAAGAAAUUUUGCAAGAGUUAAGUGAUGAAGCUCAAAUUAAAAAACAACAUGAAUUACAGUUACAAUUGCAAAAACAAUUCCAGUCAUCGAUGGAUAACGUGGCUGACAAUUCUUAUGAUGACAAUACUGGAGAAAACAAAUAUUUCGAGCGUACUUCACAAUAUGAUGAUGAGAAGACAGUCACUCACGAUCAUAAUAUAGAUGAUUUCAAUGGCCCUGAAGAAAUUAAUGGCCAAGUUCAGAAUGAGCAUGAAGAAUAUCCUAAUGAGCAAGAAGAAAUCAGGCAGAUAGAAGAACCGCUAGAACAAAAUGUUUCAAGAUCAUCAUCUACUGUCAAACAUGAACCUUCACAAAUAGAAAAUGAUGAUUCUUAUGAUUAUGUUGACAUGAAACGUACUUUACCUCAAAGUCAAGCUUUUGGAAAUUAUGAUGAAAAUAAGUUCAGCUCAACCUCGGGAUACACUGGGGAUACAACAAGCCAAGACCCAUUUCAACAAUCAGCAAUGGUUGCACCUACAAGUCAAUCAGCAAUGGUUUAUCCCGAUGAGUAUGGAUCUUCACAAUUAUCAUCACCUCAAUCUCCAAGUGAUAUUCAACCACAAAGCCCAUCUAGAAAGUCAUUGAAGAAGAAAAAAUCAUGGCCAUGGUUAAAAGAAAAAGAAAGGACGUCAAGCUUAUCAUCUGUUGAUGCUAGUAAUUUGCCACCAGUUCCAGAUUCAAACAAUCUACAAUCACCAACCAGAUCUGUUUCAAGUCCCGAAAUCCCUACUGCGAAAGAGCAAAAACCUAUGCCAGUUGAGAUUUACGAACCUGAACUGCAAAUCAAGGAUUAUGGUAAGGGAAGAGAUCGUAAAGAUUCAGUUGGGAAAGAAAAUAUGAUUACUAAAUUUUUCAAAAAGAAGAGAUCUAAUUCCACAAGUGUUCCUGUUUCAUCUCCAAAUCAACCUAAUCUGGCUGGUAUUAAUGCGCUUGGAGAAGUAUCUGGCUCUCCUGGUGCUGUCAAUACCAAAACAAGCUCAGAAUCUGGUGUCACGGUAGAUUAUGAAUCUGAUAGCGAAUCUAAGAGUACAAGAUCAUCAAAUAGUAAGAAAAAGACCAGUGGCGGAGGUAUUUUCAAGAAGAAAAACAAAAAAUCAACUGACAAAGAGAAAGAACGUCUUUUCAAGUCCAAUUCACUUAACUCUAUUAAGACUCAUUCGACUGAGACUAGUAAUGAUGAGAUUCAAGGUAAGGAGAUAUUGAUCGAUGCCGAAACAGAGGAACGUAAUAUUGAACAGGACAUUCAAAUGGAUGAGCACAUUCAACAACAAUUUGAUUCCCAACAGCAAUCACAAAAUGAUCAUCUGAUACAACUUCAAUUUGUUGAAGAUAAUGGUGAGGAACCCGAAUCCAAAUCCAAAUCCAGUAAAUUUAAAAAGCAUCAAAAGAAAGAUAAAGAUCCUGAACAACACAUGUUUAACAUUGUUGUUACUGACGGAGAAAAGAAGAGUAAAUCUCAUCGCAAGAAGUCCAUUGAUAGCGAACGUAAAACAUCUGGUGAAAUCGAACGUCGUGAACUGACGGACGAUAAACAACUGAGAUCUCAAGAGGAACAGCAAUCAUUGGAUCGAAAGGAACGUCGCCGUAAGAGAAGAAAGCAAAAAGAAAAACAAGCCGCCGCCGCAGCAGCAGCAGCUGCUGCUGCUGCCAACGAUGGCAGUAAGGAUAAAGCAAAUACUAGUGAAGAAGAGAAAUCAUUACAAACCACUCAAGAAGUUCAAGAGAAAUUGAAAAAGUCAAUUAAAAGAACCUCUCGUGCAAAUCAGCCAAUUGAAUUCACUGAUUCUGCAUUUGGGUUCCCAUUACCUCCACCAUCCCAAUCAACUUUGGUUAUGUUGGACUACAGAUUCCCAGUCCACGUUGAAAGAGCCAUUUAUAGAUUAUCCCAUUUAAAAUUGGCCAAUCCAAAAAGAUCUUUACGAGAACAAGUUCUUUUAUCUAACUUCAUGUACGCAUAUCUUAAUUUGGUAGACCAUACUUUACAUCUAGAACAACAAAUGAACACCGAACAAUCGUCUGAGCAAGAAGAUGACUCCAAAUACGGCGAUGAUUCCAUGAUUGAAGAAGAGGUUGAAGAAGAGUACGAAGAAAAUAAGGAUUUAAUCGACGACACUGCUGGUGAACCCAUCACCAUAGACUUGGAUAUCACCGAAGAAAGCCAAGUUCGUGCAUAG